AUGGGAGGAGCUGUGAGUGCAGGAGAAGACAAUGAUGAUUUAAUUGAUAACUUGAAAGAAGCACAAUAUAUUCGUACUGACAGAGUGGAGCAAGCCUUCAGAGCUAUUGAUCGUGGUGACUACUACCUGGAAGGCUAUAGGGACAAUGCAUAUAAAGAUUUGGCUUGGAAGCAUGGAAAUAUACAUUUAUCAGCCCCUUGCAUUUAUUCUGAAGUCAUGGAAGCUUUGAAACUUCAGCCAGGAUUGUCUUUUCUUAAUCUGGGUAGUGGAACCGGCUAUUUAAGCACAAUGGUGGGAUUAAUAUUAGGUAAUACUUUUUUUUAAAAAAAAAUGUUAAUAAUAUAUGUUUUAUGGCAGAUGAAAUUUAUUAAGAAUCUCAGUUUUACAACUGUGUGCAUGCAUAACUGUCAUUUAGCUUCAUAGCACUUUAUAAGGAGGUUUUCCAGAUGAAUUGUACUUAAUGUACAAUUGACUUCAAUGCCUUAAAAUAUUAUUCAGGAAUUUCAAAUGCAACCUCCACCUUUAGCUCUUGAUUCUUCACUUCUUAACUUGUGUUUUAUUUAUGAUUUUGCUAUUUUAGAAAUGAGAGUUGAGUAUUUCACUUGCAUUCUUACUUAGGGCCAAACAACAUGAGAUAAGGGAGAUCUGAGAUUGGAUUUCCAGUGCUUCUAGUUCAAAGAAACUGAGUAGAGCAGUAGGAUUUGGACAUUAAUGCUAGGGAGAAGGGGUCAUAUAACCCAUUAUUUCUGUGCUGUUAGUACCUCUUGUGUUAUACAUUAUGGCAAAUCAUAUCUCAGGGAUAUAGAUCAUAAAAGGAAUGUUAUAUUCCGAGCAUCUCUGUUCUGAUCCAAAUUUGAGAGAUUCUGCAGAUGGUUUAGCCAAAAGUGGAAAUAGAGUCCAGCCAUGAAUCUCUCGCAUUCCAUGCAGUUUUGUUCUGAAUAGUGUGUUUUUUAAAAAGUUAUUAAAACUAUUAAUGAAACUAACAAAUAAUUAAGUCAAUCUUUAAUGACAUGGGGAAAUCCCUGAAAAUUGUUAUUCAUUCUAGAGAAAGCAGGAGUAAGACUGUCAGCUCACGGCUCCCUCUUGUGGGGAAUAAAAUACCUCUUUGCUUAGUGCAGCAUUGACCAAAUUUAUGGGGAUGAAAUUUAUACUUUUUUCUUGAUAGAUUGUUUGAAUUGUUCAUGGCAUGAGAUUCUGUAACUUUAUCCAAGUAAUUAAAUGUUUUGAUACCUUUCCCAAGCAUCUCCUGAACUUUGUACAUAGACACAUGGGUGCAUAUUCUUAUGAGCAGUUCUAGAUGGCAACUCCUCCAGCAACAUGGAAAGUUGAACAGGAAGGUAUCAAACUACUGGCAUGUGUGAAAGUUGGAGCUAUGGUGUGUGGUUUAGCUACUGUUCUGCCUCUGCUGUUCUGCUAGUUUAUUUGCAUUAGCAGUGAUCAGUGCAGGUAUCAACUCAAUUACCAUGUAGCUUGCAUGUGUUAACUGCACUGCUGUAGAGUACCUGAUAUUUGCAGGUGCCUUCUAUGAAAGAUGACAUAAGAGGAAACAGCCAUACUUCAAAUUUCUCUUCUAAAGCAAGUGUCAUAAUUAAACAGCUCUUCUGGUAGAAAUAUUUUGAGCAAGUUAUGUGUUGACAACCUUUCUAAACUGUUCGCUAAACAUGGUCUUCCAGAUCCUUGACCAACACUUGAAUCAAACACUUGGAUAAAGUUACAGGAACUGACACAAUCUCAGUACUUUGAAAGAUACUGUUGUGUGACUGUAGACAUUAUUUCCGGUUAUGUCUGUCUGCAGCUUGGUUUUUACUUGCAUUUCUUCACACUGUCACAGGCAUGUGAAUAGUAGCAACUGGGAAGGAAAAUAUAGUGUGGGAGCCAUCCCAUAAUUAAGCUAUCUCCAAAGGGAGAAUAAAGCUGGUCCUCUCUAGUUAAACAUUUCAAGGUAGUCUGUAUAAAUGAUCACAUCAUUUUUUUCAUCCUAGAUGAAAUAAUUAAAAUCUGUCCAUUAUGAACACAUAUUGCAGCUUUGGGGUUGAAAGCUUUUUUUUAAAUACACUCCCCCCCACACACUUCAUUUUAUGGCCUAGCAGGAACCAUUAGCUCUAAGUUGGAUGCACCAUUUUUACCAACCUGGUCACACGUUCUGAAGCUCAGAGGGGCAUGACCAGGAAUCAGUGUAGUUUCAUCAGGAUCCAAGCAUGAGAGCAGAAAUGCAUAAGGAACAAGCCAAUGAGCCCAGCAGGUGCCAGCCAUGUGACUGGAGAGGGGAAUACUAGAGCUACAGCUGUGCUGAAAUUUCCUUGUUAAACUCUUUCAGCUUAAAACUAGGGUUUUGGAUAGGACAAAGAGUUUCAUUAAACAGUCCCUUCCUUUUCCCUCUCUCUCCCUCUCUCUCUCUCUCUCUCUCUCCCUCCCUCCCCCCCCCUCCCCUCUCCCUCUCUCUUUCUCCUCACAUUUCUUCACUUCCCAAAUACUGUACUGGCUUAAAGUUGCUUAGUGUUCAUAUCAAAUGUCCACCUUCAUAUACAAGGCACUCUUUGAUUUAGCGAGGCUUAAAUUGCUGCCGAUUCUUAAUUUACAGGCCCUUUUGGAAUAAAUCAUGGAAUAGAACUUCAUCCAGAUGUGGUGGAAUAUGCCAAGGAAAAACUGGAGAGCUUCAUAAAAUAUAGUGAUAGUUUUGAUAAGUAAGUAUGUUGUCGGCUUGGCUCAUUUUGUGGCCUUAAACAGUUAUUGUAUGGUGGAAGUAAAACAUACAUAUUUUUCUGGGAUUUUGAAAGGAAACCUAUUCUAUUAAUUAUUGCAGCCACAUAGUAUUUCACACCAGUUUGCAAUACAAUUUUAAAUUGUGAAGUUUUCAAAAUACGGAGAUGGCUACCUGGAUUUUCCAUUAUGACUGGGGGCUUUAUCACAGGGAUGGGAAACUGAGGGCCAAAUGCAUCUUUGCAGGCCCCUCUAUCUAGCCCCCAGGCUGCACUCUCAAGAACUGCUUUUGCCUGGUUGGACUGUUUUCUUGACUUGUAAUAAUGCCUCUUGCUUUCCUGGAUAGAGAGGCAGAGGGGUUUGUGUAGGUAGAAUCCUCUGAACCUUGUGUGGUUGGAAUGUAGCCUGAUAUACAAAGGUAAGAUUCAUAGUUUUGUUCCGCCUACUUUUUGCCUCUAGCUCCCAGAAAGGUUACCCACAAGAGAAUGCAACCGUUGGGCUGAAAAAGCUUAAUCAUGCCUGCUUCACUGCAAUUGCAUUAUCAGUAAUUGUGAACUCUCUUUCAAUGUGUUCUUUUACUGACAUAGAUAAGUCUUUGCUAUAUCUACUGCUGAUUAAGGGGAUCCAUCAAUCCUUUGCCAUAUCUUUCCCCACUCCAGUCCUGUGCUCAGAUUUCUGAGUAUGCUUUUUCACAUAUCAGGAAUAAACUAGAUUGUUAUACUGGAAUACUACUGUGUCUUUAAAUAUAACUGAGCUUCAGAUUGGCUAUAUAACAUAUUUGACAAUUUGAAAAUAUUUUAAAUUGUAGUACCUAUGUGUCAGGGACGCAGGUGGCGUUGUGGUGUAAACCACUGAGCCUUGGGCUUGCCAAUCGGAAGUUUGGCAGUUCGAAUCCCUGUGACGGGGUGAGCUCCCGUUGUUCAGUCCCAGCUCAUGCCAACCUAGCAGUUCAAAAGCACGUCAAAGUGCAAGUAGAUAAAUAGGUACCGCUCCAGCGGAAAGGUAAAUGGCAUUUCCAUGCACUGCUCUGAUUUCGCCAGAAGCAGCAUAGUCAUGCUGGCCAUAUGACCCAGAAAAACUCUCUGUGGACAAAUGCCGGCUCUCUCGGCCUGACAGCGAGAUGAGCGCCUCAACCCCAUAAUCACCUUUGACUGGACUUAACCAUCCAGGGGUCCUUUACCUUUUUUCCUUUUACUAUGCCAAACCAUAGGGCAUGGGUGGUGCUGUGGUCUAAACCACUGAGCCUAGGGCUUGCUGAUCGGAAGGUUGGCAGUUCAUAUCCCCAUGACGGAUUGAGUUCCCGUUGUUCAGUCCCAGCUCCUGCCAACCUUGCAGUUCGAAAGCACAUCAAAGUGCAAGUAAAUAAAUAGGUACUGCUCUGGCGGGAAGGUAAACGGCGUCUCCGUGCGCUGCUCUGGUUUCGCCAGAAGCGGCAUAGUCAUGCUGGCCACAUGACCCGGAAAAACUGUCUGUGGACAAAUGUUGGCUCCCUCGACCAGUAAAACAAGAUGAGCACCGCAACCCCAGAGUCGUACGUGACUGGACUUAACUGUCAGGGGUCCUUUACCUUUUUUUUACCUACUGUAUGUGUCUGUGGUUUUUAAUAUUUUUUGGCUAUUUGUUACUGGUUAGAAUGAAAGUGCUUACACCAUGUAUUUCAGAUUUUGUGUAUUAUGGAACACUAGCUGUUUCAAAAUUGUAUCUUGGCACAUAAAUCAGGUAUGGUUGUAAUUGUUAUCUGGUUGGGCAGUGUGUUAGCAUCUACCUACAGAUGCAUUGUUAAAAUGACUAUUACUGGUCUAUCUUUGGUGGCCAUAAAUUACAUUUCUCACAUGGCUAUUCCCUACGUACACACAGUUGCAAAUCCAUAACACUGUUGUACACCUGCUGCUGGUGGUAUUCUGUCUAAAAGUGCCUAAAAUCUGCUACUAACAAAAUUGCAAUGCCUGCUUUGGCUAAUCCAGCUAGCAUAGUACAGUCAUACCUCGUGUUGCAUUAGGUUCAUGUUGCAUCUUUUCAGCUUGCAAACACGGCAAACCCGGAAGUGUAUACUUCCGGGUUUCACCGCACACACAGAAGCGCUCGAUCGCUCCACACACAUGCGUGGAAGAGGCGCUCUAGUUGCCGACUUUUCAGGGUAAGUUCUGAUACCUCAAUCUGCAUGCAUGUAGGUGGAAAGUGAAAGGAUGAAAUGGAGAAAAUGGCUUUGUGCUUUUUGGUUUUUUAAUUGGCUCGUAUCUGUGCUUGGUGCACCUUCUAGUGACCUUGUGCCUUUCUUCUGCCUUUAUAUAAAUAAUAGUAGCUCUAUCCUCUUGUGGAUUUCACACAUCAGUAUCCUAUGAAUCUAGGCAGAGGUAGCUGAUGUGGUGCACUCCAGGUGUUGAACUACAAUUACCAUCAGCUCCAGUCAACAUGGUCAGUUGUCGGGGAUGAUGGGAGUUGUAGUUUUGAAUAUUUUUUUAUGUAUAGGUGACAAAUGAAGAGUUUGAAGCCCUGCCUCUUUUUCUCUUUUUUAUUCUUCUUUUAUUUUCUAUCUUCUCUUUUUGUUUUUAUUUAGAUUAGCUAGUUACCUUUUUGUAUUGAAAGAAGAUAUUCGGUAGUUGAUAUUAAUAUUUGUAUAUCUUAAUUUAAGCUUUAAUAGAAAAUCUAUUAAAAACAAACAAACUCACUUCUCUGUAGUCAAAAUGCUACCAAGCAUGUACAAGGGGGGAAGCCACCCCAAUGAUAACUAGUCAUGCUCAGUUGGGAUUGAAUGUUAACUGUUGGGAGAUCAAGUUAGAAAAAAGUGAGGGUGGUAAUGGGAGUGGAGUGGCUGGAAACCUGAACAGGAGCACUCCAUGCUUCAAUACCUUGUUUCAGAUUCUCCUUGUCACAGCUGAAAAGGUAAAGGGGCCCCUGACCAUUAGGUCCAGUCGUGGCCGACUCUGGGAUUGCAGUGCUCAUCUUGCUUUAUUGGCUGAGGGAGCCAGCGUACAGCUUCCGGGUCAUGUGGCCAGCAUGACUAAGCCGCUUCUGGCGAACCAGAGCAGCACACGGAAACGGCGUUUACCUUCCCGCCGGAGCGGUACCUAUUUAUCUACUUGCGCUUUGAGGUGCUUUCGAACUGCUAGGUUGGCAGGAGCAGGGACCGAGCAACAGGAGCUCACUCCGUCACGGGGAUUCAAACCACCAACCUUCUGAUCGGCAAGUCCUUAGCUCUGUGGUUUAACCCACAGCGCCACCCGCAUCCCCUUGUCACAGCUAAAAAGAGUUAAAAGAUUAGAAGUGGCAAAACAGAACUAAUAAUAAUAAUAAUAAUAGGAACAACAAGUAAAACAAGAUCCAGAGACAGUAUCAUCAAAAUUCUUAGAUAUAUUUUUUAACCCCACAGCAGAUUAAAAACUAAGAGAGGUUGACACUGCCCAACUUUCUUUUUAAAAAUGAAUAUUUUUUGCCAUAUAUUGACAGAUCAUUAAAGAAGGGGGCAAGUCAGGAUUUCUUUAUGUCCAAUUAUUGGAAAAGUUGUUCUGAAGAGUGGAACUGCAGAGUUCUCACUGACUCAGUGCAUAUAAUUAGGGAAUGUUUUCAAUGUGAACUAUGUUAUGAAUUCAUAUAAAGGGAUCUUGUCAACUAAAGGCAAUGUGUAUAUAUUUGAAUUUGAAUUUAUAUGUAAGUAAAACACAUUCAGAGAUUUAAGUCCAGUGAAAUGAAUGAAAGUUAAAAUGUGCAGCUGUAACUGAAAUUUGGCUAUAAUAAAUGUAGAUGUAUUGUGUUCAUGGUAAAUCUAAGUACUGUAUACCAUCAAGAUAAUGCAAUUGCAGUAAGUGCUAUUCAUUACAAUAAACUGUCCAUACCGCUGAAUUCCCAUUAGUUUUCAAAUUUCUCUGAUUUGCCAAAGGACAACUAAAAAGUGCAAUUUUAAGUGCAAUUUAGUGUUUUUCUAUAAUGGUAUCUAUAAAAACAUGAAAUGUUUGUUUUAUCCACAGAUUUGAAUUUUGUGAACCUGCCUUCGUAGUUGGCAACUGCUUGCAAAUCUCAUCAGAUAGUCAUCAAUAUGACCGGAUUUACUGCGGAGCUGGUGUACAAAAAGACCAUGAGAACUACAUGAAAAUAUUAUUGAAAAUUGGAGGCAUUCUAGUUAUGCCUAUUGAAGAUCAGGUGAUUGAGUAUGUUUGUCAUGUGUGUUUAGUUGUAACAGAUAAAAAGUAGUUCUCUUGUGUGUGGACUCGUAAUGACUUUCUUAAUGUCAGUUGCCUCAGUACAGUGAAUACAAAGGUAUUUUGUAAACCUUAAAGCAGAGAAUAGCAACAUCUAAACAAUAGACCACAUAAUCUCACUCUUCUCUUUCCUUUGACUGCCAGAGAUCCCAGUUGUGCACAUUAUAGCUAAUUAGGACCAUCCCUGGCCUUUAGUCAAUUUUUUUCUGACAGAGCCCUCCUCUGGUUUUGUUGUGCCACAAAAACUGAGUGGCCAAUUCAUGGGUUCAUGACAACAAAAAGCUUUUAUGUACAGGAGUCCUCUAUCCUACCUUCAGACAAGCUAUCUGUCCAUGCUCUUAAAUUAACAUUGUUAUCAAGGCAUCAUCAUUCUGCAGUUCAGCCUGUUUAAGAAUGCACUUUGAUUAGUGACUGUUACCCUUUCAGUGCUACUACUGCUAUUUAUAGUUUUAUGUUCAGCAUUGUUCAGUUAAUCUCUUAAACUGAGCUUUAGCUAGCUAUGGUAAUGUUAUCAAAAUAGCAUACCUUUGACUUCCCUUUGACUGGAUCCCAUACUGCUUUGCUAAUGUUUGAAUAAAGCAAUUGCUCAAGACAUGCAGAUCAUCCGAUAAGUCUUGCAUGAUUUCAUUAUUCAUUUGUUAGCAGGAGUACCAAGGGAUCUAGCCAACAGGUAAGUGCACUCAACCGUAAUUCAGAAAUUGGUCCUUUAAAAAUCCAGACAAAUUAGAAACUAUGGACUCAGAGUGAAUAUAUGUUUUAAAGCACAGUGUAAUGCUCAGUGACCAGCAAACUGGGACAUUUCUUUCUCUUUCCUUUUCAGUCAAGGACAGAAUGUUUUGAAAAGCAUGAAACGUUUAGUGAUACAAUAAUACUUAGUACUUAUUUUUCAUUCAUAGAUAUCAAAGGGCUUUUCUACGGUGAGUAUAAUUAUCUCCAUUUUACAGAUGGGGAUGUGUAGGUACACUGAUACAUGACUUGCUCAAGCUGACAGUAUCCCUAAGAAGCCUGCCUUGCUCAAUAAGUUACCAAAUACCUUUAGAAUAAGAAUGCUCAUCAAUUAAAUAUUAUAUAACAACUUUAUAAUUUCUCCUCAAUACACAAAACAGCUCAUUCUACUACUCUAUUUUAAGGAAGCAUGGAUGCUUUUUGAAUUGAGAGGUUUACAUCAUACCACUCUUGUUCAGUAAUCACUGAUAGCUAUCCAUUAAGGAAAAACAACACUGGACUGAAGCAAAGGCUUUCAAAAUAAAUAGUUGUAUUGCUGAUCUGCCCAGAGGAUUGCAAGCUUAAUAUGUUUGCAGGGAAAAUUGGACAGGUAAUGAUGACUUAACAGAUCUUUAAUAUAUAAAGUAUUGAGGAAUUUUAAAACCAAUCAUGAAAACUGCUGUAAUUAUGUCUUCUAAUUCCAUCCUUGGAAAACACCAAAGGAGGGCCUCUUAAGCAAAUUUGUGCGCUCUCAGCAAUGUGAACACUUAUCCUUUUCCCCCCAUCAGAUAUACACAACUAGUUUUAAUUAUGCAUCUUUAAUUUCUGGAUAUUGUGCAUAUUAAUAUAUGUAUUUAAAUACUCAUUGUCCUGGGCAAUUCAUGGAUUUGCAUGCAUCAGAUUUCAGUCAAUGAUAUAAUUGUACUAAAACAUUCCAAAAGUAGCUGAGUUUUCUUUGUUUACAUCAACCCUACAAAUUAAUGUAGACCUGCAACCCUUUUUAAAGUUAGCAAGAAUACACAAAGUGUUUCUAAAAGUAAACUGGGAAUUAUGUGAAAUAUGUUUGAAUGUAACAGAAUAAAUGUAGGCUCCCUGUUCCGCCAGUUAAAAAUAUGUUCUCUUCAUUUUCUCAAGGUGAGAAGUACUAGACAGUGACUUAGUUUGGAUAAUCAUUUCCAGGCUUAUUAAGAUGAAAAAUGAACAAGCCGUAUGCCUCCACAUAGUCACUGCAGGCACAAGCAAUCAGACCAGGAGGCAUCUAAUUAAUCCAAGUUCUUUGAGUAGUCUCUGUGGAGCCACAUAUGGGUUCUGUACCUCUCCACAGAGCUUCUUUUGAGAAGACUCUAUAGCUAGGCUCUAGUUUUAGCAUGUGCCCUCCUCCCCCAUGCAUAUAUUAAGGGGCAUGAUUCCCUCUCCUCCACUUUCUUUCAUGUCACAGGACACACCUCAUAUGAAAUCUUUUGAAGACUUGAUAACGUAAGUAGAUUCCCCCACUCCCCAAUACUAUUAUUUCACAAAUGCGGGUAGAGAUGCCCUCAGAAUCACCCUUCCCAGAGGUUUCAAUGCUUUUCCUCCUCGCUAGUCAGUUUCCGGUUUGGCCUGCACCAAAGCUGUCUAACCCCUUGCAUCUCUUGUCAUCCUGCUCAGCCUUGCUAUCUUAUUGUUGUGUGUAGUGUUUCUCUGUGUUUAUGAGUCUCUUCCUUAUUUUUUCAUCUGUUUAAAGUAAAAAAAAAAGUUCCUUUUAUUCUGAGGUUCAUUUUAUGCUUUUCUAUAUGCUACAGUCAUUUGUUUUCCAUUUUUCUAGUUUUCUUUUUUCCUUUUGUAUUGACUAUUCUUUUGGUGUGACCACUUUGUCACUGGGCUUCAGCCCUUCUAAGGUCCACCCCCCCCCAAAAGUGUAAAACCUGUGGUCAAUGACACCAAGACAUUGCUGCUUCAGCUAUUCUGAUGACAGCCUUCAGGCAUGCCAGUGCCAUUAAAAAGAGAAGGGAGCUCCUCUUUAAAUACCUCAUUGCAGAUUCCCACAUACAGAACUGCCUAUAUCAGCGGCAAUCGCAGCAGAAGGGUAGCCAACGUGGUGCCCUCCAGGUGUUGCUUGACUCGAACACUCAUCAGCCCCAACCAGCACUGCCCCAGAUCUACAGUUACUAUCUUGCCACCACCUCUAUAUCAGGGAUGAGAAAUGCCUCAAUCAGCUGGUGUGAAUCUCAGCUGAUUUAUCUGCUGACGAUUUACAGCAGUAUGGAAAGCCUCAGUGAUGGGAUUGUAAUUGUCUAACUUACAAUGCAGAGUCUCUGCUGCCAUUGCUUCAUUACUGAGUGCUGAGGUCUUAUCCCAGCUGGCUGCACCACAGGCAACUAUCUUGUUAUUAUUUGAGGGUGAUAAAGGAAUUGGUGCCAGCAGCUUUCUCCCACGCUUUUCCCCACACUUCUCGCUUAGUAUGGAAGAUUGUUUUUCCUUCAGGAUCAAAGCUAUGUUGUUGCAUUGGUCUCAGCAGACUUUUCCCACAGUAACUCAACUGCCAUAGAUACCAUAUCAAAGCUGAAGAGUCUCAAUGCCACUAUCUAUCCCUGCUGCAUUUUUCAGUGGGGGCUUUACUGUUACUGCCUUUGACUCAGGAGUGAAGAAUCCUUGAUAUCAAUGUCACUCCCAACUUCUUUUUAUUUUGCUUUCCUCUUUUCAAUGAUAGCUUCACUUGGUAUUGACACUGAAGGAAUCAUUGAGCAUUCAUUAGGUUUCCUUUCAUCUAGCUGCAGCAGCCCUUGAAGUGUUUGGUAGUGGCAGCAUCUGUGCAUUGCACAUAGCAUUAACUUUUCACGUCACCAACAUUUGGGGCAAAGAGGUUUUUCUUUGUUCUUCCACAAAUGGCAUCUUUCAAGAUCGGUGUCUCGUUGCUAGAACAUAUAAUCAACUAUUAGAUAACAGUUGUAGGUGUAGAGAUGACUGAUUAACUACUGUUUGGACCAGAAGUCCAGAUUCACUUCCUACAGACUUCCUCAGGACCAAGAACCACUGCUUUAUGUAAGGAGGGCCAUUAAUAUGUCUGCUACCCUUUGUACAGGGAAGUUUAGUAAUGGUAUAGACUUUCAGCACCAACUGUGCACAUUGAGCAGCAGUCUGGGAUUCAGAGAAAUGUUGAAAACAGAACACUUUUCCUAGGGAGUUGCACCAUUGAGCCCUCUAGCCUCCACUUCUGUGUGACAGGGAUUUGUUGGUGGCAUCUUCUUCACUUCUGUGGUCCCUUUUCAGGUGGCAGUAUGCACUCAUGAUAGCUAACCCUUGCACAACAACUCCCCUUCUUCCCAUGGGUAGUCUUUCUUGGAUUGACCCUCACCACCUAAUAUUCAUCCUAGUUUUCUCAGUCCAGGAAAAAAGGAAAUGAUUUCAUGCCUUGGUAAUUUGCCAGACUGUGUUUCUAACUGGCCAGCAUCAGACCAGCUUUAGUUUUUAUCUGCCGUAGCCACUGCUCAGCUUGUGCUCACAGUGUGUUUUUCUGUAUUUUAAAUUUGUUGCCACCUUGCAACAGUCCUGUUCUGGAGUGGGUUUAUUAGCACUCCAUGAGGGUUGUUGUUGCUGUUCCUCAUUUUUCUUAGAAGAGUCUCAUUAGUUGCAACCCUUGACUCAACAGUCUCUAGGUAGGUGCCUCCGUCCAACAGGCCUUGCUCAACUUGUUUUUUGUGCCUGCCCCUACCUUCAGGAACAGCUUAUUACUCUACCCAUGUGUGUAGCUGUGCAAAGACUACAAAGGAAAUGGACAUGUUGCUUUCCUGUAACCAUAAUUCUUGAGAGUGAAAAUAUGUGUGGACACGCAGCCUGUCCUUUCCAUCUUCAGGGGUUAGUGUCUUUUGGAAUUUUUAGAUUGUUCAAUUUUGGGCCUCUGUGUUGUUCAAAAAUUUGAACUGUGCACAUAGAUGGUGGUAGUGCAGUAUCCACCAAAACUCAAGCCUAGCUGUAGAAUCUUCCAGAAAGACACUUUGCACAGGUGCAAAACCCGUAUGUGUGUGUGCAAAGAUGACUACACAAUGAGCUAAAGGUACAGGUAAGCAACCAGCACUUCUCAUUUCAUCGCACCAAGAAAUUAGAGUUGCCAACUUCAGAGCAAUAUUUUAAAUAAUGGUUUAAGUUAGUUAGUAUCCUCGGUGGUUUGAAAGAUGGUAACCAUAGUUUCUCAGUUCAGCUGAUGUAGGAAGUUAUGGUUAAUUAGAGACUUCUGGUCUGAUUGCUAUAGGAGCGCAGAGCACUGUUAGAAACUGAGAUACGAAAGCUAGGAGAUAAUGGCACUUUAAGCCUAGGUUAUGGGUGCAAAAACGGAAUGUUUAGGACUUUUUUUAAAAAAAUAGUGAGAAUACAAAGCUGAAAAUGAAUGAACUGCAGCUAAAAUAUUAUAUUUGUUUUUCACUUGGUCUAGUCCUUCCCCUGCCCACCCUCCUAAUAUUCUUAAGAAGAUCUCUUUUCCAAUCUUCAGAGAGUACCUGGAAAUGGGGAGGCAGAAAAAGGUUCCCCUUUCCUUCCACUCUACAGUUUUAAUCUGAAAUCAUAGGUACAGUACUGCAGCCAGAGCUCAGAAACUGCUUGCACUAAUGAAAUUCCCUGUCGCAAAAUGCGCCUAGAACAAUGGGAGUUUUGAACACUGGCACAGGGAAUGGCAUGCAGGAACAUAAAAGUCAUAUCUCAGUUUAUUUAACCAAUAUAUGACUGUCCAAAUGUGGUUAGUGAUCUCAAAUGUAACAAUGAACUUUGACUUUAUUGUUGCAUGAAGAAUCCAGUGCAGGUGUUGGACUCGCAUACUCUUCCUUCCUCCUUUGAGGUUGCCAUGAGGGGUUUGGAUAUUUCCACUUCCAUUUUCAAUUAAGCACAGUUUAAUAUUAUGUCUGAACUCCAGACUCUGAUUAAUUUUAACUGUGGCUUAUUGAAACCAGCUAAGGUUGUUUCAGUAAUCAUAUUCAAGACUAACAGUUUGUUCAGGUUCAGUCAAAAAGAUAAACUGUGCUUAAUAAAAUGCAAGGAAAAGCUUCUGAUCUCACAGCUACGCUGACUGAGGAAGCAUGUGAUUCUGAUGCUUAGCCUUGUGAUGGUAAAGCUGUAGUUAUGUCAGAGCAAGGCCGGCAUAUGAGAAUUGGACAGGUGUAGAUGAAGUCAUGUAUUUAACUGUUUUGUGUCUGAAACUUAAAUGAUUCCAUGCAGCUAACCCAAAUACAAAGAACUGGACAAAAUACUUGGGAAAGCAAAAACAUCCUUGCUGUUUCAUUUGCUCCACUUGUGCAGCCAAGCAAGAGUGACAGCAGCAAAAAUGAUACUGUGGGACUUCGUAAGUACCAUUUAACUCUAGUCUUUCCUUUGGGGCGCAGCUACUGAUGAUACUUACAUAAAUAUUCUUAAAGUUAUAUUAGAAUGUAUUGCAUCAGAACUCAGGCUUUUGGUGUUUCUCACUUCAGACAAACCAUGAGCUGUAAUCAACGGUUUUUCUUGGUCUACCACCCAUGAUUUGUCUGGCGGAGACAAACCAUGAGCCCAAGUUCAUAUGUAACAUUGAACCAAACCUUAGCCCUGGAUAGCAUGGCAGCUGCAGAAUUGUGGGAAGAGUGUAGUGGCUUCAAUCUUCACACCAUGAACCUGCAUGUUCGUCAUUAUUUGACCUAGCAUUACCUAUGAAGUGAGCUACAUUCUGUUUAACAUGAUCUGGUUUAAAAAUAUGUGGCUAGGGGCACCUAUUUGAAGGAACUACAUAAUAACUCUAUGGCCCCACUCUUUUGAUAGAAUUCUCUUGUAAUCUAUCAAAUUUUGGGCAAGAUAGUCAUGAAAAAGUGACAUGAUAUUAUUACCCACCCACCCUCAAUAAAUGGGCAGGGCAAACCUCAUGCCAUAUCAACAAAGUGUUCUUGACUGUCCAGUUCAAACCUGCAGCAUGAGUCAGUGUGACUACUGCUCAAGGAAGAAUAAGUCUAAAACUCUGUUGGUUCUGUAUAACUAGUUGCCUUUAACUGGAUACUGGCCAACAUAACUGAUCUUUUGGCAUUGAAAGCAUUCUAGUUGUCAUCCAUUUCAUAGUAUAUUAUUUUUACCUUUACUUCUUUCAAAGGUUAUUUCCUUUACCUAGUUAAAAGUUUCACCAUCGAUUUGCAGUACUGCUCUUAGAUAACUUGACCUAGAGAGCAAUCUUAAUUUUCUCUUUCUUUUCAGCCCCCUGUGCUGUUAGGAAUCUACAGGACUUGGCUCGGAUCUACAUUAGGCGCACUCUUAGAAACUAUAUAAAUGAUGAGUUGCAAGCCAAGGGUAUUAUUCCGAAACCUCCACCCAAACGCAAACGCAGACGGUGCCGUAGGCGCAGGAUUAACACCUAUGUGUUUGUAGGCAAUCAGCUCAUUCCUCAGCCUCUAGAUAGUGAAGAAGAUGAAAAGAUGGAAGAAGACAACAAAGAAGAGGAUGAGAAAGAUCACAGUGAAGCCUUGAAGCCAGAAGAACCCCCAAUAAAUUUAUUGCGGGAAAGAAUUAUGAGUCUACCACUUCCUGAAUCUCUAAAAUCGUACUUGACAUACUAUAGAGAAAAAUAA